CACCAAUAACACUGGGUGGGAUAUUCUGUCUGUUCCACCUCAGCCUACCCAGCCCUUUGCUUAGCUUGGCUCUUUCCUUCCCCUGCUUUGCUUUCCUUUGCCCCACCAUCCCCAGAGAUCCUCCUCUGCAAUGCUGCCGCACUGGCAGCUCCAAAUUCUCCAAACACCUGAAAAUCGUAAAAUUUAUGCUUGAUUUUUCCAUUUUCUUCAUUUCUUUUUAAAUCUUGGAGAAAUUCAGCCUGUGGAUUACGCAAGUCAGGAGACAAGACUGUGAUCGCCAAGUGGAAAUGGAAUAAUUUACUAACUUGGACACUUUUUACAGAUUAGUGGAUGCUGAUUGGAUUCGUACUGAAGCUGUGAUUUUCCAUUCACUUCUGCAUGAGGAGGCUUUGCCCCUAACUCAAAGGAUUAUAGCUGAAAUUGUCUCCAUAUCACCAUGGCUGAAGGAGCCCCAUCCGCAGCCGGUGGGUCCAAUGGAGCAGCUGCACCACAGACGAGCUCUCUCAAGUCCAAAGGUCUGGGUAUCCUCGGGAAGCUGAAAAUGUCUGCAGAGUUGCUGAUUGCCCUGGCUGCUCUCCUGUCCUGGGUGGUGGUGGGAGUGGUGAUGUUUGACUUUGUGGAGUACAAGGCAGUCCCUGACAUUCAGCAAAUCGUUUCGGACCCUGUGAAAGCUGUAAACGACGCUGUUGAUGAAGUAUCCAGUCUGCUCAAUAAGUUUCAAGAAUGUGCACCUGAUUUAAGUGACCCCAGGUCCGUUGCCACUUACGCAGCUGAGGAAAUAUCGGAAGCAAAAGAUGGAUUUGUUCGCCAUUUUUCAGAUGAGGAAGGGAACUUCUACCUCAGCUAUGUUGACCCUGUGGUUGUCGGUAGACGAGCUUUCCAUUCAACUAAUGAUUUCAUGCACGGAGUUGCAGGCACCUUCAGGGACACAAUGUGUGCCAUUGUAGACACUGUAUUGGAUACUAUAUUGGAUAUAAAUAAAGGAAAAGUUGACAUUAGCUACAUUGACCCGGUGGUCACAGGCAGAGGUGCCUUCAGUGUUAUUAAUGACUUUGUGUGCGGAGUGGGGGGCUACAUCCGGGAUGUGCUCUGUGGCAUUUUGGACACAAUUCUGGGUGUAGUGAAAGGAACCAUGGAUAUUAGCUUCAUGGACCCUGUGGUAGUUGGCAGAAAUGUCUUUAGUUUUGCUAAUGACACCGCGAAUGAAAUCGUGGACUACAUCCAGGGGGUGCUCUCUGUCAUCAUAGACAGCAUACUGGAUAUUACAAAAGGAAUCACUGACAUUAGCUUCAUUGAUCCUGUGGCUGUUGGCAGAAAUGCCUUCAGUGUUGCUAACGACUUUGUGAGUGGAAUAUCAGGAUACAUCCAGGAUGUGCUCUGUGCCAUCUUUGAUGUGAUACUGGACACAUUAAAAGAUAUCCAGGAUGCUCUGGAAUUCAGCCCCAUGUCAGCUCUGAAGAGAACAGCAGAAAUCACCACCGAACAGAUGAACAUGCUCGUGAGCUACGUCUCCACAUCGCUGUCUGGUGAACAAGGGAUCGUGCCCGAAGUGUCCAUUGACCCCAUGAAAGUUGUUGAAGAUGCCUUGUUGGAGUUCUCAGACAAGAAAGAUGUGUUCGUGGCUUACAUGUCGAGCAUGCUGGUUGGUGAUCAAGGUGAACCUGUCGCCACACCGGUUGUAAAUAUUGUAACUGAAAAAGAUGAAAUUGUAGCUUCCUCAGCUGAUAUAAAUCUGCUGCACAGGAAAGGUGAAUUUCUGCCACCUUUUGAAAAAGUUACAGAGAUCAUGCAAGCUGCCAAAGAUGAAGCCGCUGCUGCAGAGUUAAGUGAAGCCUCAAAGAUUGAGGAGGAGGAGGAAGAGGAGGAGGAGGAGGUUGAAGCUUCCACUGAAGCCACCAGUGAAGCAGAUGAGGAGGAGGAUGUGAAACAUGUCGACCUUGAAGAGACUGAACAUGAACCAUCACGGGAAGAAGAGGGAGAAGAGGUUGAUACUGAGGAAGAGGAGAUUAAAACGGAGGAGGAGGCAGCACACGAGGAGGAGGAAAAAGAAGAUGAGGAAGAUGUUGGUACAGAAGAGGAGGAGGAAUUGAAAACAGAGGAUGAUGAAGAAGAACAAGAAGAGGAACCAAACACUGAAGCAGAGGUGAUAGAAGCUGAGGAAGAGGAGAUCAAAGUUGAAGAAGUUUUGGUAGAGAGGGAGAAAGAGGAGGAAACAAAAACAGAAGAUGCAGUAAAAGAAGAGAAGGAGGAAGAGGAGACCAAAAUGGAAGAUUUGGUAGAGGAGGAGGAGGAGGAGGAGGAGGAGACCAAAAUGGAAGAUUUGGUAGAGGAGGAGGAGGAGACCAAAGCUGAAGAAGUUUUGAUAGAAGGAGAGGAGGAGGAGGAGGAGGACGAGGAUGAGGACGAGGACGAGGAGGAGGAAACAAAAACUGAAGAAAUUUUGGUAGAAGAUGGGGAGGAAGAGGAGGAGGAGACAAAAACUAAGGAUGCAUUAGAAGAUGAGAUGGAGGAGGAAGAGGAGGCGGAGGAGGAGGAGACCAAAACAGAAGAUUUUGUAGAAGAUGAAAAGGAGAAGGAGACAAAAAUUGAAGAAGAUGCAGUCGAAGAUGAGGAGGAGGAAGAGGAGACCAAAACUGAGGAUGCAUUAGAAGAUGAGAUGGAGGAGACCAAAACUGAAGAAGAUGCAGUCGAAGAUGAAGAGGAGGAAGAGGAGACCAAAACAGAAGAUUUUGUAGAAGAUGAAAAGGAGAAGGAGACAAAAAUUGAAGAAGAUGCAGUUGAAGAUGAGGAGGAGACGAAAACUGACUUUCUGGUAAAAGAUGAGGAACUGACAAAAACAGAAGGAGAUGCUGAUGAGGAGGAGAUUGAAGAUGAAGAUCUUCAUGUUGAUGAAGAAAGAGACGAAAAAAACAUUGAAAUAACCGACACUGAUGUCAAAGAUCAGUUUGUAAAAACUGACCAGGACGAUCAAGCUUUAGAUCUGGACGAUGAUGAGGAUUUAAAGGAGGACGAAGGAGAAGUGGAGGAUGAGGAUGAAAAAAAUGUCCAACAACUUGAUAUUAAAAUUCUGGCAGCUGAAAAGCUCGAUAAUGCCAGUGUAGUGCCUGAAUCGGAUAAUGAGGACGAAGAAGAAACAACUGUUCACGAUGACCAAGACGAAUACUCCGACAUCAUCGAGGAACUUGAUGAAAACAACAACAACAGUGAAAGUAGGAAAACUGGACUCAAACGAAGGAGGAAGGUUCAUUUUCCCUUUCAGAGGCUCAGAAGAGUCGGAUCCAGAGCGGCUCACAAAGAAGAACAUCUUCACAAACAUGAGAAAGUUCUCAAAGAGGCAAAGGAAAGACAUGCAAUAAAAGAAGUUAAAGAUGCCAUUAUUAAAGACCUCAAAAUCACAGAAACUGAAAAGGAGAAAAAAGUGGAUGCCAAACUUGAGGAAACCAUACAGAUAAAACUAAAGGAGGAUAAGCUAAAGGAGGAGGUCAAACCCCUUGAGAAGAAACAACCGAAGCCCAAAGAAGAAGAGCCGAAAAAGAAGGAAGAACCUAAGAAACCAUCCAAAGAAGAGAAAGAAGUCAAGAAACCUCUCAAAGAAAAGGAAGAAGUCAAGAAACCAUCUAAAGAAGAGAAAGAAGUCAAGAAACCUCUCAAAGAAAAGAAAGAAGUCAAGAAACCAUCUAAAGAAGAGAAAGAAGUCAAGAAACCUCUCAAAGAAAAGAAAGAAGUCAAGAAACCAUCUAAAGAAGAGAAAGAAGUCAAGAAACCUCUCAAAGAAAAGAAAGAAGUCAAGAAACCAUCUAAAGAAGAGAAAGAAGUCAAGAAACCUCUCAAAGAAAAGAAAGAAGACAAGAAACCAGCUAAAGAAGAGAAAGAAGUCAAGAAACCUCUCAAAAAAGAGAAGGAAGUCAAGAAACCUCUCAAAGCAGAGAAAGAAGUCAAGAAACCUCUCAAAGAAGAGAAAGAAGUCAAGAAACCUCUCAAAGAAAAGGAAGAGGCCAAGAAACCACUCAAAGAAGACAAAGAAGUCAAGAAACCAUCUAAAGAAGAGAAAGAAGUCAAGAAACCUCUCAAAGAAAAGAAAGAAGUCAGGAAACCAUCUAAAGAAGAGAUAGAUGUAAAGAAACCAUCUAAAGAAGAGAAGGAAGUCAAGAAACCUCUCAAAGAAGAGAAAGAAGUCAAGAAACCUCUCAGAGAAAGGAAAGAAGUCAAGAAACCAUCUAAAGAAGAGAUAGAUGUAAAGAAACCAUCUAAAGAAGAGAAGGAAGUCAAGAAACCUCUCAGAGAAAAGAAAGAAGUCAGGAAACCAUCUAAAGAGGAAGAAGUCAAGAAACCUCUCAAAGAAGAGAAAGAAGUCAAGAAACCUCUCAAAGAAAAGAAAGAAGUCAAGAAACCUCUCAAAGAAGAGAAAGAAGUCAAGAAACCAUCUAAAGAAGAGAAGGAAGUCAAGAAGCUUCUCAAAGAAAAGAAAGAAGUCAAGAAACCAGCUAAAGAAGAGAAAGAAGUCAAGAAACUUCUCAAAGAAAAGAAAGAAGUCAAGAAACCAGCUAAAGAAGAGAAAGAAGUCAAGAAACCAUCUAAAGAAGAGAAAGAAGUCAAGAAACCUCUCAAAGAAAAGAAAGAAAUGAAGAAACCAUCUAAAGAAGAAACAAAAGAAAUGAAGUCUCUCAAAGAGAAGAAGUCACCCAAAAAAGGAGUAGACUUGAAACCUUCAAAGGAAGAGAAACUGAAAAAGCCUCAAGAGGAGAAAGUAGAGAAAGAGAUGAAAGAAGUAAAGGAAGACAAGAGGCCUUCUAAGGAACGGAAAGAAGUGAAAAGGCCUUCUGUGGAGGCAAAACCGCACAAAAAAGAACUGGCAAAAGAAGAGAAAGAACCAGCAAAGCCUAAAGAGGCCAAAGAAGUUAAAAAGCCUCCCAAAGAAGAGAGAGGUGUAACAAAGCCUGCAAAAGAAGAACCAGAAAAGCUCUCCAAAGAGAAGAAACAACCAGAUAAGCCUUCUAAAGAAAGGGCAGUACCAAAGAAGCCCUCUAAAGAAAAACAAGAACCAGAGAAACCUUCUAAAGGCGAAAAAGAACCAACAAAACUGUCUAGAAAGGGAGAGACAGUACUGAAGAAGCUCUCCAAAGAACAAGACCAAGAGAAACCUUCCAAAGACAAGAAAGAGGUCAAGAUGAUUCCCAAGGAAGAAAAGGAACCAAAGAAGAUCUCUAAGGAAGAAAGAAAACCACCAAAGCAUGAUAAAGAAGAGAAAGAAAUCAAGAAGACUCACAAAGACAAAGAACCUGUUAAGAAGAAAGAUACUAAGACAGACGCUGGACUCAAAAAGGCUGCAAGGAAGAUUAAAAUAGUCAAGAAGAAGGUUGCGUCUGUCCUGAAGAAGGAACAUCUUAAUGUUACAAAAGCAGCUGAUGUACCCAUGAGGGCAGUAAAGAUGGUGAAAGCUGCCAAAAAGCAGAUAGUUCCUGUCCUGAAAAAGGAGCAAAUGAAUGUUACAAAAACAGAGGUUCCUAAAGUUCCUAAGGUGAAAGCUAAACCAGAACCUGCAAAGAAAGUGGCAGCUCCCAAGGAGUCCAAGAAGGAACCAAAGGAAAAAAUCAAAUCUAAACCUGUAAAACCAGAUGCUGGACCCAAAAAGGCUGCAAGGAGGAUUAAAGUAGUCAAGAAGGAGAUUGCGUCUGUCCUGAAGAAGGAACAUCUUAAUGUUACAAAAGCAGCUGAUGAACCCAAGAAGGCAGUAACGGUGAUGAAAGCUAACAGAAAGCAGAUAGUUCCUGUCCUGAAAAAGGAGCAAAUUAAUAUUACAAAAAUAGAGGUUCCUGAAGUUCCUAAGGUGAAAGCUAAACCAGAACCUGCAAAGAAAGUGGCAGCUCCCAAGGAGCCCAAGAAGGAGCCAAAGGAAAAAAUCCAAACUAAACCUGUAAAACAAGACGCUGGAUCCAAAAAGGCUGCAAGGAGGAUUAAAGUAGUCAAGAAGGAGGUUUCGUCUCUCCUGAAGAAGGAACAUCUUAAUGUUACAAAAGCAGUUGAUGAACCCAAGAAGGCAGUAACGGUGCUGAAAGCGAACAAAAAGCAGAUAGUUCCUGUCCUGAAAAAGGAGCAAAUGAAUGUUACAAAAACAGUGGUUCCUGAAGUUCCUAAGGUGAAAGCCAAACCAGAACCUGCAAAGAAAGUGGCAACUCCCAAGGAGCCCAAGAAGGAACCAAAGGAAAAAAUCAAAACUAAACCUGUAAAACCAGUUCCUAAGCUGAAAGCCAAACCAGAACCUGCAAAAAAAGUGGCAGCUCCCAAGGAGCCCAAGAAGGAACCAAAGGAAAAAGUCAAACCUAAACCUGUAAAACAAGACGCUGGACCCAAAAAGGCUGCCAGGAGGAUUAAAAUAGUCAAGAAGGAGGUUGCGUCUGUCCUGAAGAAGGAACAUCUUAAUGUUACAAAAGCAGCUGAUGAACCCAAGAAGGCAGUAACGGUGCUAAAAGCGAACAAAAAGCAGAUAGUUCCUGUCCUGAAAAAGGAGCAAAUGAUUGUUACAAAAACAGAGGUUCCUGAAGUUCCUAAGGUGAAAGCCAAACCAGAACCUGCAAAGAAAGUGGCAACUCCCAAGGAGACCAAGAAGGAACCAAAGGAAAAAAUCAAAUCUAAACCUGUAAAACCAGAGGUUCCUGAAGUUCCUAAGGUGAAAGCCAAACCAGAACCUGCAAAGAAAGUGGCAGCUCCCAAAGAGCCCAAGAAGGAACCAAAGGAAAAAGUCAAACCUAAACCUGUAAAACAAGACACUGGACUCAAAAAGGCUGCAAGGAGAAUUAAAGUAGUCAAGAAGGAGGUGGCGUCUGUCCUGAAGAAGGAACAUCUUAAUGUUACAAAAGCAGCUGAUGAACCCAAGAAGGCAGUAAAGGUGCUGAAAGCUAACAAAAAGCAGAUAGUUCCUGUCCUGAAAAAGGAGCAAAUGAAUGUUACAAAAACAGAGGUUCCUGAAGUUCCUAAGGUGAAAGCCAAACCAGAACCUGCAAAGAAAGCAGUGGCAACUCCCAAGGAGCCCAAGAAGGAGCCAAAGGAAAAAAUCCAAACUAAACCUGUAAAACCAGAAGUUCCUGAAGUUCCUAAGGUGAAAGCCAAACCAGAACCUGCAAAGAAAGUGGCAGCUCCCAAGGAGCCCAAGAAGGAACCAAAGGAAGAAAUCAAACCUAAACCUGUAAAACAAGACGCUGGACUCAAAAAGGCUGCAAGGAAGAUUAAAAUAGUCAAGAAGAAGGUUGCGUCUGUCCUGAAGAAGGAACAUCUUAAUAUUACCAAAGCAGCUGAUGUACCCAUGAAGGCAGUAAAGGUGCUGAAAGCUAACAAAAAGCAGAUAGUUCCUGUCCUGAAAAAGGAGCAAAUGAAUGUUACAAAAACAGAGGUUCCUAAAGUUCCUAAGGUGGAAGCCAAACUACAACCUGCAAAGAAAGUGGCAGCUCCCAAGGAGCCCAAGAAGGAGCCAAAGGAAAAAAUCCAAACUAAACCUGUAAAACCAGAGGUUCCUGAAGUUCCUAAGGUGAAAGCCAAACCAGAACCUGCAAAGAAAGCAGUGGCAACUCCCAAGGAGCCCAAGAAGGAGCCAAAGGAAAAAAUCCAAACUAAACCUGUAAAACCAGAAGUUCCUGAAGUUCCUAAGGUGAAAGCCAAACCAGAACCUGCAAAGAAAGUGGCAGCUCCCAAGGAGCCCAAGAAGGAACCAAAGGAAGAAAUCAAACCUAAACCUGUAAAACAAGACGCUGGACUCAAAAAGGCUGCAAGGAAGAUUAAAAUAGUCAAGAAGGAGGUUGCGUCUGUCCUGAAGAAGGAACAUCUUAAUAUUACCAAAGCAGCUGAUGUACCCAUGAAGGCAGUAAAGGUGCUGAAAGCUAACAAAAAGCAGAUAGUUCCUGUCCUGAAAAAGGAGCAAAUGAAUGUUACAAAAACAGAGGUUCCUAAAGUUCCUAAGGUGGAAGCCAAACUACAACCUGCAAAGAAAGUGGCAGCUCCCAAGGAGCCCAAGAAGGAACCAAAGGAAAAAAUCCAAACUAAACCUGUAAAACCAGAGGUUCCUGAAGUUCCUAAGGUGAAAGCCAAACCAGAACCUGCAAAGAAAGUGGCAGCUCCCAAAGAGCCCAAGAAGGAGCCAAAGGAAAAAAUCCAAACUAAACCUGUAAAACCAGAGGUUCUUGAAGUUCCUAAGGUGAAAGCCAAACCAGAACCUGCAAAGAAAGUGGCAGCUCCCAAGGAGCCCAAAAAGGAACCAAAGGAAAAAGUCAAACCUAAACCUGUAAAACAAGACGCUGGACUCAAAAAGGCUGCAAGUAGGAUUAAAAUAGUCAAGAAGAAGGUUGCGUCUGUCCUGAAGAAGGAACAUCUUAAUAUUACCAGAGCAGCUGAUGUACCCAUGAAGGCAGUAAAGGUGCUGAAAGCUAACAAAAAGCAGAUAGUUCCUGUCCUGAAAAAGGAGCAAAUGAAUGUUACAAAAACAGUGGUUCCUGAAGUUCCUACGGUGAAAGCCAAACCAGAACCUGCAAAGAAAGCUCCCAAGGAGCCCAAGAAGGAGCCAAAGGAAAAAAUCCAAACUAAACCUUUUAAACAAGAGGUUCCUGAAGUUCCUAAGGUGAAAGCCAAACCAGAACCUGCAAAGAAAGUGGCAGCUCCCAAAGAGCCCAAGAAGGAACCAAAGGAAAAAGUCAAACCUAAACCUGUAAAACAAGACGCUGGACUCAAAAAGGCUGCAAGUAGGAUUAAAAUAGUCAAGAAGAAGGUUGCGUCUGUCCUGAAGAAGGAACAUCUUAAUAUUACCAAAGCAGCUGAUGUACCCAUGAAGGCAGUAAAGGUGCUGAAAGCUAACAAAAAGCAGAUAGUUCCUAUCCUGAAAAAGGAGCAAAUGAAUGUUACAAAAACAGAGGUUCCUAAAGUUCCUAAGGUGGAAGCCAAACUACAACCUGCAAAGAAAGUGGCAACUCCCAAGGAGCCCAAGAAGGAGCCAAAGGAAGAAAUCCAAACUAAACCUGUAAAACCAGAGGUUCCUGAAGUUCCUAAGGUGAAAGCCAAACCAGAACCGGCAAAGAAAGUGGCAGCUCCCAAGGAGCCCAAGAAGGAACCAAAGGAAAAAAUCAAACCUAAACCUUUAAAACAAGAUGCUGGACCCAAAAAGGCUGUAAGGAGGAUUAAAGUAGUCAAGAAGGAGGUUGCGUCUGUCCUGAAGAAGGAACACCUUAAUGUUACAGAAGCAGCUGAUGAACCCAAGAAGGCAGUAACGGUGCUGAAAGCGAACAAAAAGCAGAUAGUUCCUGUCCUGAAAAAGGAGCAAAUGAACGUUACAAAAACAGAGGUUCCUGAAGUUCCUGAGGUGAAAGCUAAACCAGAACCUGCAAAGAAAGAGGUUCCUGAAGUUCCUAAGGUGAAAGCCAAACCAGAACCUGCAAAGAAAGUGGCAGCUCCCAAGGAGCCCAAGAAGGAACCAAAGGAACAAAUCAAAACUAAACCUGUAAAAUCAGACGCUGAACCCAAAAAGGCUGCAAGGAGGAUUAAAGUAGUCAAGAAGGAGGUUGCGUCUGUCCUGAAGGAGGAACAUCUUAAUGUUACAAAAGCAGCUGAUGAACCCAAGAAGGCAGUAACGGUGCUGAAAGCGAACAAAAAGCAGAUAGUUCCUGUCCUGAAAAAGGAGCAAAUGAAUGUUACAAAAACAGAGGUUCCGGAAGUUCCUAAGGUGAAAGCCAAACCAGAACCUGCAAAGAAAGUGGCAGCUCCCAAGGAGCCCAAGAAGGAACCAAAGGAACAAAUCAAAACUAAACCUGUAAAACCAGACGCUGAACCCAAAAAGGCUGCAAGGAGGAUUAAAAUAGUCAAGAAGGAGGUUGCGUCUCUCCUGAAGAAGGAACAUCUUAAUGUUACAAAAGCAGAGAUUCCUGAAGUUCCUAAGGUGAAAGCCAAACCAGAACUUGCAAAGAAAGUUGCAACUCCCAAGGAGCCCAAGAAGGAACCAAAGGAAAAAAUAAAACCUAAACCUGUAAAACAAGAGGUUCCUGAAGUUCCUAAAGUGAAAGCCAAACCAGAACCUGCAAAGAAAGUGGCAGCUCCAAAGGAGGUCAAGAAGGAACCGAAGGAAAAAAUCAAAACUAAACCUGUAAAACCAGAAGUCCGAAAGGAAAAGGCCAAAGCUGCUCCUGCUAAGAAAGAAGCUGUUGCUCCCAAAGAAAAGGCCAAACCAGUCAUCUUGAAAAAAGAACAAGAGAGCGCUGUCAGAAAUGCCUCUCUGGUGAAACAUAGAGUCAAAAUAGUGCCUAUGAAAAAAGAAGUCAAGGCGCCCAAAGAGAAAGCCAAAGCGGUCUCUGCAAAGCCAGUAGUUAAGGUUUCAAAGCAGGAGCCCAAACCAGUUCUGACAAAGAGAGAACCUGCUCCACUCAAGACAAAACCAGCCCCAGUAGUCAAAGAGGCAGGAGUACCGCGCAGAAAUGUCUCAAUAACAGAGGAGAAGAUGAAAGUUGUGCCACUGAAGAAAGUGCCUGUAACUCCAAAAGAGAAAGUCAAACAAGCACCAACAAAAAAAGAAGCUGAGGUUCUCAAGGAGAAGAAGGCCAAGCCAGUGACUCCCACAAAAGCACCUGUUAUCAAAGCAAAACCUAGAUCUGCUGAAAAGAAGAAAGAAGCUGUUGUGAAAGAAAAGGCAAAAACCUCACAGAAAGAACCUGAGGCCAAGCCAGUUCUUGCCCAAAAAGAGCCCAAAAGGCCAGAGGAGAAAGUUAAACCAGCUGUUAAAAAAGAACUGGAGGCUGCUAAAGAAAAGGACAAACUUGCUGCAGUGAAGAAAGACAUUUCUAGGGAAAAGACCAAACUGGCCCGUGUGAUGAAAGAGCUUGACGUUUUAAAAGAAAAGGUCAAAUCCACUGCAACAAAGAAAGAGGACAGAGUUCGUAGAGAAAAAACAGAGCCUGUAAAGAAAGAAAAAACAGUUGAGAAGAAGGCAACUAAAGAAGUGAAAGCUAAAGAGGACAGAGUUCUUAAGGAGAUACAGGAGCCAGCUAAGAAAGAAAGAUCUCCGGAGAAGAAAGUUGCCAAAGAAGAGAAAGUAAAAGAAGAGCCUUCUGUAUCAGACAGCUUUCAAAUGGAAGAGGACCUGCCCUACUUCCAGUGUUUCUUUGUGGACGAGGACGAGGCCCAGUUUCCUUUCUAUGCCUUCUCACCGCUGCAGAUUUGAAGCUUCAGUCUGAAUCCAGUCUGAGGUUUACAAUUUAGUCAAUUUUACUGAUAACGACAAGGUCACGUCACGCCCUGCACUGCUGAAACGCAGGUCACUGUUGGUUUUCAGGAGAAAACCCUGGACAGCAGAGGAUGAUGGGAGAUUUUAUGUGAUGGACCGGUUUUAUUUUAUUUCCAGAUUUGGUUGAGCUCUCAUACCAAAUACAUGCAGCCAGUGUCAUUCCUUUAAUUUUUGUUAUUUAUUUUAUUGUGUUUUGAAAGGUGGAUAUCAUGAGAAUGUUGGAACAAUAUAGUAUAUUACCUCCGUGGAUCUUUCAUUUAGAUCUUCACAGCAACACAUGCAAAUAAAUACGAUGGUGCAUUUCUUUUUAAAGAAGGAACAUAGUGUAGAUUAAUAUGUUCCACUACGCUGUAAACAGGGUACAAAAAUGGCCACAAUUGCGGAUUCAAGGCGGACAGGGGUUCAAUUCCCAAAUUUACUUGAAAAGUGGUUUGUACAGUAAUCGUACACACAUUUUUAUGCACCGUCAUCUGUGUAAUUGUAGCUUUUUCCUUCAUUGCAUUGUAGAUGGCAAUUUUUUUUUUAAUGCUCAACUUAUCCUAAAGCCUUUGAAUCAACAAGUGGGCAUUUAUAGUGUUUGUGCAUAAUUCUUGAAAUUAUUUCACUUUGUUUCUCACACAUAUUCCUCUAUCUAAUGAAAGGAACGUUUUUUUCUGUUUUUGUCUACUAUGUCUGUUAUGUGUCAAAAGGAAUGACCACGCACUGUAUAUGAGAGCUCCCAAACGUACAGAAGAGACACCACCUUUAAAGUCUUAUUAAACUGCCGACAUGUGCACCAGCUCCUCAUUUUGACAUUGGCGCUAAAAACAAGCAUUGCCCGCACCGUCAGAAUGAAGUUUGAGUUCAUAUCGAAGUAUCAGAUUCAGUCUAUAGAUGGACGACGUGUUCUUUUACUUGAGAUAUUUUGAUAAUAUUUGUUUUAGUCAAUGAGAGGACGAGAAUAAGUCUUUUCUUGCACUGUUAUCAAAGAUGUUUUACAAGUUGGAACAUUAAAAGUAGGGCACAUGUGAUGGGUUUUUUUGUCAGUCAAAAGGGAUGUGGCUAACAGCGAUUCCUUGAUAGACCAAAAACACACGGUCGCUAACUUUGGUCAGUGGCUGUUUGUCUGAGACGUAGACACACGAUAUAUUUCAGUAACCUUUCGAAUAGGUUCUUAACAUGAUAUUAAUGCAUAUCUUGUAUUAUUACAUCCCAUUAACUGUGCUAAAACAAGGUAACAGGAUUCAUAUUACAGAUUAUGAACAUCCUAUGCAUGUGAUGUACAGUAUGGGUUACAUGAUUUCAGAUUGAUUUCGAAUACUAGAUUGAAAAAUCCAAGUCACGUAUUUUGAAAUCUCUGAAGAGUGAUAGUAUGAAUAGAGCUGCAAGAUUCAGCUCUUCUACAGGUUAAUUUAACAACCAGAAUGUGGUUGUUAACGUGUUUAUGUUUAAGUGUAAUAUUUGAAAUGAAACAUUUGCAUCUUUGAUUAUAUCUGCACAGCGUGUGAUUGCAAUCUAAAUUGUUGCAGAUGGCGUCACGUGUUUUUGGCAGCAGAUGAUCUCAGAUGUAAACUGGUACAUUAUUGCUCAGCUUGUAGCAGCUGUUGUUUACAUAUGGCUCUUUACAUUUAGCUCCAUAUGCCGCAUAGAAGACAGUUAUUACAGCUUGUGGCACUAAUCCCAAGUUUAAUCAAAUGUAAAUCCACUAAUAAUAGAAACAAUCUCUUUAUUAGUCCAUACAGGACUCAUAAGACCCUCUGCAGCUCACAGUGAGCUCUGGCUCCAGUAACUGUACUGUAACAGCUGGAGAUUUAUGGUGACUAUCACUGGUGUUGUAGGUUUUGUUCCUAAAAUGACAAUGAGAGUCUUUGGGUAUUUAUUUUGGAGGUAUUGGAUUUUAGUAAAGAAGACAUUGUUGCUUAGUAUAACAGAACGUUAUACUAAGUUUUGAUUUAUGGUGACAAAAGAUGACCGAUUUGUUUCAACCAUUUUAACUGAAUUGUAUCUAAAGACUCACUUUAACCAGUGAAUAUGUGCAAUACAUACAUUUUUUUUUAAAAAUAUAUCAGUGAUCAAAUCACUGUAUGAUUGUUUAAUAGCCACUGAAUUAAAUGUGCAUGAUGUGUGUGUUUUUUUUUUGUUUUGUUUUAUGUUCACAAAUGUUUUUUGUGAUAUUUUUUUCCCAACUUUGAGAAUGGCAACACUAAAUACUUGAACUUUUGAAUCAUUUGAUACCAAUAACUCACAUUUGGUGUUGCUAACAACUACCUAACCAUUAUUAUUUUAAAUGAUGUCAUUGUAAAUAGUUAAAUAAAUGAUAAAAUAGACAGUUUUAACCCCACGAAACCAUUACAACUGAAACUGCUCUUUAACUGCAGUUAAAGUCACAUUAUGUAUUAUUUGUCAAUAACAUCUUCCUUGUGAGUAGUAGCGAUUUGACAUUAAAACAAAGCAAUGCACGUGUUUCUUUUGUAA